GGCUGGUCACUAGUCAUUACCUCCGUCAUUAGUCUCCCAAGUAGUCCCAACCCAAAUGUUUUGCAGAGUAAGUUACAACCUCAAGACCUCGGCUCCAUCGCCUCCGACCUGGACUCCUUAGAUCGUUCGCCGCCCGUCUCCUUCCUCGACGCCAUCGUCGCCGGCACCUUUUCCGUCGGUUGUAAACUCCUGUGCCGAUUGCAUGGUUUUCGAUUUUGUGUGGGUGUAUGUGUCCGCCAAUCAUCCACCAUCUCGAUUCUGAUUCUCGCUUGACCAUUUUGCUAUUUUUGCCUCAAGGAUUUCACCAGCAUAAGUUAGGAUGAUUAAGGAGGAUAUGGAGGUAAAAGAUUCUGCUAUUGGUGAUGGGAAAGAGAAAAAUGGUAGUGUGAGAAAUCGGAAAAAUAAAAGGAAGCUAAUGUUAAUGGAAGAAGCUGCAAAGGCUGGAAAGCGUGGAAUUUGUUACUUGAGUCGGGUACCUCCACACAUGGAUCCUUUGAAGCUCCGUCAAAUUUUGUCACAUUAUGGAGAAAUUCAGAGAAUUUAUCUUGUUCCUGAAAAUCCAGAUGCACAAACAAAUCGUAAACAGGCAGAUGGCUUUCGUGGACAAGAAUUUACUGAAGGGUGGGUCGAAUUUACAAAAAAGAGCAUCGCCAAAAGGGUUGCUAAAAUGUUAAACGGUCAACAGAUGGGUGGCAGGAAAAGGUCUUCAUUCUAUUAUGAUAUUUGGAAUAUCAAGUACUUGAGUAAAUUCAAGUGGGAUGAUCUUACUGAGGAAAUAGCAUACAACAAUGCUGUUCGGGAGCAGAAGUUAGCAUUGGAAUUGUCAGCUGCUACAAAGGAACGAGAUUUCUUCCUCUCGCAAGCUGAUAAAUCCCGUGUUAUGAGUGCCAUUGAGGAAAAACGGUUAAAGAAGAAGCAGAAGGUCACAGAAAAGUCGGUAGAGUCUUCUGACGUUCCAAAUAACUUGCAUAGGCCAAAAUUUAUCAGGCAUUUCCCACAGAAGGCGGCAGUGGCAGCAGAGGGAGCUAGAGAAAGCAAAAAGACUAGACUGUCUAAGGAUACAAUAGCUGCAGUGUUUGGUGGCUCAUCGUGAUUGCGUUGGAGGAUGGUGGCGGUUGUAUUGGGUUGCAGCUGCUAUCUGUGUUUCAAAGGAUUUUUGUUAUGUGUGUGAUUUAGUUUCUCACCAGGUUGAUUUAGAAAAGAUGACCUUGGGACAUGAGUCUCUAUCUAUCCACUUGUAUUGUGGAUUUGUGGGAUAGGAUUGAAGUCCCAGAGGAUUAAAUGUUUCUCUUAGAGAUUAGAUUUUGAUGAUGUAACUUAUGUAGAAAUUGGAUUUCAAUUUUUUUGAUAUAUAUUGUGAUUCUAUUAUAGGCUCCCUCCUAGACUAUUUGUUCACUUUAAUUAAUUUAGUCAAUCAAUUACAUUAAAUUCG